AUGGGCAGUAAUCUGAAAAGCCAACUAUCUAGAGAGAGCCAUGUCUUUGGACUUAAGGUUUGGGAAGUAAUUGGAAUAGCUGUUGCAUUGCUCAUCAUAGCCAUCCUCUCGAUUCUUUCGUUUUGUCUUACUUCGAAAAAGAAAUCAAGAAGAUCUAAUACCGGUCUUCCCGUUAUCCAAAUCCCUCCAGUAUCCAAAGAGAUCAAAGAAGUCAGAGUUGAGCAUGUCUCAGCAAGUAACUUCGCUCCUCGUGAAGGCAUUCUUCUCACAAUCCAAGACAAAAACAACAAAGAUUCAGAAAAAGUCUUGGUUCAUUUGGAUAUGGGGAAGAAGCGAAAGAACGGUGGAAGUAGUUGUAGCCGGUCAGGCUCGUUUCACCAUUUAGAGAUCAUUGAUAAGCAUUCUGAAUCGGGUGAAGAUGUUUCUGUAAACCAACCUUCUUCAUCAUCAUUGUAUAACAUCGCAACGCCGUCGCCAUUGUCUGGUUUGCCUGAGUCUCAUCUUGGUUGGGGUCACUGGUUUACACUGAGAGAUCUUGAAAUCGCAACUAAUAGAUUCUCAAAGGAGAAUGUUAUCGGUGAAGGCGGUUAUGGUGUUGUCUACAGAGGAGAGUUGAUCAAUGGAACUCCUGUUGCAGUUAAAAAGAUUCUUAACCAGUUGGGACAAGCUGAGAAAGAGUUUCGAGUCGAGGUUGAUGCUAUCGGUCAUGUGCGUCACAAGAACUUGGUCCGUCUUCUUGGAUACUGCAUUGAAGGCACGCACAGGAUAUUGGUUUACGAGUAUGUGAACAAUGGAAAUUUAGAACAAUGGCUUCAUGGAGCAAUGAGACAGCACGGAUAUCUAACGUGGGAAGCUAGGAUGAAAGUUAUGAUCGGUACAUCAAAAGCUCUUGCAUAUCUGCAUGAAGCAAUUGAACCAAAAGUAGUGCACAGAGACAUCAAGUCAAGCAACAUACUGAUCAACGACGAAUUCAAUGCAAAGGUUUCAGAUUUUGGCCUUGCCAAGUUGCUUGGCGCUGGGAAAAGCCAUGUGACUACUCGAGUGAUGGGAACAUUUGGGUACGUUGCUCCUGAAUAUGCAAACACAGGGCUGUUAAAUGAAAAGAGCGAUGUCUAUAGCUUCGGUGUUGUGCUCCUAGAAGCAAUCACAGGAAGAGAUCCUGUGGAUUAUGGCCGUCCUGCUCAUGAAGUGAAUCUAGUUGACUGGUUGAAGAUGAUGGUUGGAACAAGGCGAUCAGAAGAAGUAGUGGAUCCAAACAUAGAGGUAAGGCCACCUACGAGAUCAUUGAAACGAGCCCUUCUAACGGCACUGAGAUGUGUCGAUCCAGAUUCCGACAAACGGCCAAAAAUGAGCCAAGUUGUUCGUAUGCUAGAGUCUGAAGAAUAUCCCAUUCCAAGAGAGGAUCGAAGACGUCCUAGAACACGAGAGGGGAGUAUGGACUCAGACUUUGACAUGAGCACACCAGUUUCAAGAUCACAGAGCAAGAGACAAUAA